AUGGAUACAUCACCAACCCACAGAGGAGCAACAGCCGAUUUUGAGUUCAGGCGCUACGUAGCUUAUGCCGAGUAUGAGUAUGAGCCUACGCCGUCCCCCUCUCCUUCAGACGGUACCCUUAGCGAUACCGGCGACGAAGAGUCUGCAGGCGAUGAGAAUGAGCAGGUGCUCGAGCAAAGUGUGGACGAUGCGGUAGAACAAUUCUGGAACGAUGACGAUGAUCCGAUUGCGGAUUGUCACGAAGGAGAGGAUUCGACUGGCAUAACACGGAGUAUAACCCACUACGUCAUUGACACCACCACGGCACCCGCCGUGACAGGGAGACAGCGGGAGAGAUCGUGGGAGGGAUGGGUUUUACCAAGAAUACUCUUAAGGAUUACGGCCUAA